GUAAAGGUUUUCCCUGACGUUAAGUCCAGUCGUGUCCGACUCUGGAGGUUGGUGCUCAUCUCCAUUUCUAAGCCGAAGAGCCGACGUUGUCCAUAGACACCUCAAAGAUCAUGUGGCCGGCAUGACUGCAUGGAACGCCGUAACCUUCCUGCUGGAGCAGAUGGCUUUCAUCAAUCAUCUUCUAUCUUUGUGUUUUGAGUGAUUAUAUUUGCAUCAUUAUUAUACAGAAAUAAAAGGUUUGUCCAUGAAUAAUUUAAAUGAUCCUCCUAACUGGAACAUCCGGCCUAAUGCAGGGAAUGAUGAUGACCGUGGAAGCAAAUGGAAUUAUGCAUUGUUGGUUCCAAUGUUGGGGCUGGCUGCAUUCCGUUGGAUCUGGUCCAGAGAAUCUCAGAAAGAGAUAGAAAAAGAAAAAAAAUAUUACCACGGAAAACUGACAUUAGCUCAGAGAGAGCUUGAAUCUAAAUACCGUGAUAUAAUCACUGAAAACCGUCGUACAGUUGCCCGCUUAGAGUUGGAAUUGGAAAAGGAACAGAACCGAACACAAAGUUAUCGCGCAGCUCUUGUCUCUCAGAGUCAUAAACUAGUAGAAGAAAGGAGAGCUCUGGAACAAGAACAGACAAAAUUGGAACAAGAAAAGCAAAUUCUGCAGCACUCUGGAGCUGCAGGAGCUUUGUACAAGAACUGCCUGGAGAAGGAAGAUCAGUGGCAAAAGAAAGCUAUUGCUUUACUAAAAGAGUUCGAAGAAGACCUUACCCAAAGACAGGAUAUCUAUUGCAGCCUUGUGAUACCAAGAUCCCAGCGGCUAGAAAUUGAGAAGAAAAUGCUAGUUAGAGCAGCAACAGAUCCAAUUGCUGUGGAUCUGAAAAUAGAAAGUGGCCUAAAUGAUAUUUUCAAGCACGAUACAUUUUGCAGCAAUUUGCUAAACACCAAUAAACAUCACAAUGGAAAGCUAAUGUGGCUUUACCUUAAAUACUGGGAACUAUCUGCUGAACUGAAAAAGUUCAAGCGGGUAGAAAAUGCCAUGUUAGGAAAAACUAGGGGUUGAAAAGUAUGAAUGUUUAUAUGUGACUCAAAUCGGGUAUGAGUGAUUUUCUCUGGAUUUAGUACUAUUAGUUUCUCUGUCACAUAUGUAGUAUCUAUUUAAAUAUAGAAAUUGUGUGUGAGGCUAUCAUGCUGGCAUAUUCUGCCUGAUUUUUUUUGUCCAUAUUUUGCUUUCUGGGAUGUUCAGACUUUGCACUCUUAUAACUUCUUAUAACUUCCCCAGCAAUCUAGAGUAAUAAAGCAUUGUUUAUUCUUGGCUUAUAGCCCAACAUCUAAGUCUGUCUCUACAAGCCAAAAUUAUAAACUAAGAACAGACCACAGUUUUAACAUAAUAGUCGCACUACUGCCCAUGCGCCUGACCCUUGGAGCAGUUACUGUUGCUCUGAGGGGCAGGUGUGUGGGUGAAGGUGUGAGAGGAGCUCUUGUUUGCCCAGUGGCCAAGGCAGUCCUCUAUAGCUCAGAGGAGAGAGGUGAUCUGGCAGGUAAACCUGACCCCUCAAGUUGCCUCUUCCCUUCAGAGCUCGGAGGGGAAAGUUCCACAGGCAGGUGAGCGUUCAUCCACCUGUGUGCCUGGUGGUGAGAGCUGCUUAGUGUCUCUCAGCUGGCAGCAACCAAGAGGCCUCGUGCCUCUUACCAGCAGCCACAUGGAUGGCUUGGCCAUUUGUCAGUCGAGAAAAGAUGCAAAAAAAAUUCCUUGCAUAAUUGUCGCACCCCCUUCUUUCUUUCCUUCCAGAAAGGGGGAAACACAAUUAUUAUGUAAUGAAAUACGGUAUCACUAUCACAUAUUAAAUACACUUCCAGCAGGGACAUGAGAGAAGCCUCCCACAAGGAUGGUAAAAACAUCAAAAACAUCCGGGCGUCCCCUGGGCAACGUCCUUGCAGACGGCCAAUUCUCUCACUCCAGAAGCGACUCAAGUUGCUCCUGACACGAAAAAAAGCCUGCUCUCUCUUUUGUCCCAUAGACAGGCAAAUAUAUCCAUCCUCCUAGACUGAAAACAGCAAGAAUACUGAUCGUGAGUAAUUAGGUACUUUCAUAUAAUGUAAUCAAAUAUUUUCCAGAAAAAAAUGUUGCCAUGCAAAUGAUAGUCUGAAAUCAGCACCUUGAAUCCUAAAACUUCCAAGGAUAAAGCCUUAUGAAUGUAAUUGUAUUCACUUUUUAAUAAGCAUUCACAUGAUCUCACUACAAAUAAAAGACAGGUAUAUAGUGAACACCGAGAAUUAUAGCGCCACUUGUGUUAGCACUCAUCAUGGGCAAAGGGAGAAGCAUUGAAUAGUUAAGAUGUUGUUGCAUCUUCAUGCAAUAUGUCAGAAAUUUAAAGAAUUCCAGUUCAUUGUGAACAAGCAGUAUGCAGUGAGUUCCUAAGAGGUGCAACAUUCAAGAAGUAAUUCCUAAAAAGGGAAACAAAUGCAUUUUACAUUGUUCAGAACUUUAGUAAUAUUUGAGAGGUCAUAUUGGGCUUGAGUGAAUUUCUGUCUCUGAUAAUAAGACAUAUUUGCAUAAUGAUGCUUGACCUGUCAUCCCAGUUAUUACAUGUGCUGUGUCAUGAAAUGUAAAAGUGAAAUGUUAUAAAAUUAAAACCAGAAUACUUGGAGACACAGAAAAUGUCUUCAGUCAUGGAGUUGGAAGGGAUCCAAAGUGCCAUCUAGUUCAAUCUCGCUAGUGAAGGAAUCCACAGCUGAAAAUCUCCAAUUGGUGAUCACCCAAACUGUUUUAAAAUACUUGCCUUGUGUUAUUUAAUAUUUUAAAUGACACAUGGCAAGGUACUGAUGCUUUAUUGGGUUAAGUAAUCUUGAAAAUGCUGUCCGUUUUUAAGAGAACUAAUAAAGUGAUUGCUCUUUGCCUUUUGGUUGCUUGGCUUCACAAAUAUGCAUGAGCACAUUGACUAGGACCUCCAGCAGUUCUCCAUACUUUGAUCCCACAGCUCACCUUGAAUGUGCCAAGCCUCUGAAUUUUUCAUUUGUUUUCAUAUGCCUUCUGUUGAUUCUGCCUUCUUGUACUGAAUCAGCAUACAUAUUAUUAACAAUCUCACUGUUUCCAGCUCCUUGAACUGGAACUACAGUUCUAUCUGAAGCAUUUUUUCAGACAAAUAGAGUAAGAAUCCUUUCAGAUAAGAUCUAGAAUAUUACAAUAGUCCAUCUAUUGAUGUUUCUAGUGAUAAAAAUUAGACAUACCUUGUGAAAAGCAUGCAUACACCACCUUAUUUGUAAUGCAUAUUGUAAUGCAUUUCAGUCACAUCUUGCUAUUUUAUUGCCUAUACUAGUAAAAUCUCGUGGUAACUGAAUCACUUCGAGUUUUAUUUCAUCGUAUAGUAAUAGACACUUUAAUGUUUCAACUUCUGAUGUGCACUUACAUCCAAUCCAGUAGAACCGAUAUGUUUACUCAGAAGUAAGGUUAAUUGGAAAUGUUCUUGUGUGCCUGAUUUACGACAACUCUAAGGUGAAAUUUUCACAGGGUUUUCUUGGUGAGAUUUGUUCAGAGGAGGUUUGCCAUGGCCUCCUUCUAAGACUGAAAAGUGUUAAUUGCCCAUGAUCAGUUUCCACAGCCAAACAUAGAUUUGAAUUCUGAUCUCCCGAGUCCUUUGCAACACUCAAACCACUAUACCAUGCUGGCUGUCUAUCAUUUGAUAAUUGUAACACUUUCUGUAUUUGGUGAUACAUGUAUUAUUUUAAUGUUGCCAUACAAUUAUGUUGAUACACACCCAUCAUUCCUCUUAGUGUAACAGUUUGAAAUAAAUUAUUGUAAAAUA